UUAUUGUUUCAAAAUCAGAUUCCAGGCAGCCUGCAAUGAACGCUAGAGUCCAAGCAAUCUCAGAGACAUUACAAGGUGUGACUCAGCUGCAUUUGAUGAAAAGAACUCAAGCUCUUUUCUCUAAGGAAUGCAGAAGGCUCUUGAGAAGAAUGUCACCGAUUGGCAGAGGCAACAAGAAUGGCUUGUUGCUCCUCCUCCUAGCAGCCUUUGGACUUUGCUGGAUGCAUUACAAAUCAGAUUCAAAACCUGUAAGGACGUCUAUUGUCCACCUUUUCGAAUGGCGCUGGGCGGAUGUGGCUGAUGAAUGUGAACGUUAUUUAGCACCAAAUGGAUUUGCAGGAGUUCAGGUUUCUCCUCCCAAUGAAAACCUGGUUAUAACGAAUCCCUGGAGACCAUGGUGGGAAAGGUAUCAGCCUAUCAGUUACAAAUUGUGUUCACGUUCUGGAAAUGAAAAUGCAUUUCGAGACAUGGUGACGAGAUGCAACAAUGUUGGAAUCAAUAUUUAUGUGGAUGCUGUGAUCAAUCAUAUGUGUGGCUCUGGGGCUGGCUCUGGAUACCGUGGGAUCUGUGAGAGCUACUUCGAUGCUGGUGUGCGAUAUUUCCCUGCUGUCCCCUACUUUAACUUUGAUUUUAAUGAUCGAAUAUGUAAGACACCCAGUGGGGAUAUUGAAAAUUACAGUGAUCCUAUCCAGGUUCGCAACUGCCGUCUAUCUGGUCUUGUUGACCUUGCACAAAGCAGAGAAGACGUACGUUCAAAAAUAGCUGGAUACAUGAACCGCUUGAUUGAUCUGGGUGUUGCAGGUUUCCGAAUUGAUGCUUCGAAGCACAUAUGGCCCAAGGACAUUAAUGCUAUUUUAAGCAAAGUAAACAAUCUAAACACACGGUGGUUUACCAAAGGUUCGCGGCCCUUCAUCUACCAGGAGGUAAUUGACUUAGGUGGUGAAGGCGUCCAAAGCUCCGAAUACUUCAGAAAUGGUCGAGUGACUGAAUUUAGAUAUGGCACACAACUCGGGACUGUCCUCCACAAAUGGAAUGGAGAGAAGAUGGCAACUUUGAAGAGCUUGGGAGAGAAUUGGAGUUUGAUGCCUUCUGACAAAGCCAUUGUCUUUGUAGAUAACCAUGACAACCAGAGGGGACAUGGUGCUGGUGGGGCCUCCAUCCUCACUUUCUGGAACCCCAGACUUUAUAAAAUGGCAGUUGGGUUUAUGCUUGCUCAUCCCUAUGGGUUUACAAGAAUAAUAUCAAGCUACAGGUGGCCAAGAGAUAUCCAGCACGGAAAGGACUUGAAUGACUGGGUUGGACCACCCAGCAAUAGUGAUGGAACAAUUAAACCUGUUACAAUUAAUCCUGAUGGCAGUUGUGGGAAUGGCUGGGUUUGCGAACAUCGUUGGAAUCAAAUACGGAAUAUGGUGAUUUUCCGAAAUGUUGUACAUUGGCAGCCUAUCACAAACUGGUGGGACAACAGUAACAACCAGAUAGCAUUUGGGCGUGGUGCUAAAGGAUUUAUUGUGUUUAAUAACGAUGACAGGAACUUGUCAAGAAGCCUCCCAACGGGUCUUCCUGGAGGCAUUUACUGCGAUGUUAUUUCUGGACAAAAGGAAGGCAACAUCUGCACUGGAAUUCAAAUCCACAUUGCUGCCAGUGGUCUGGGUGAUUUUCAGAUUAGUAGCCAAGCUGAAGAUCCAUUCAUUGCAAUUCAUGUUGAAGCCAAAUUGUAAUCAACACUGACUUUUCUCUCUGUGUUAAAAAGCUAUUUAAUGUUAAAAUAUGUACAUGCUGAAGAAUAAAUCUAGUCUGUAAAUUAA